AUGAAUAUAUUCGAGCACAACAUAACAAAUGUUGAUAAGGGAAACGUGGUGGCAAUAUUAGGAGCUCAAUGGGGAGAUGAAGGGAAGGGUAAAAUUAUCGACAUUUUAUCAAAACAUUCAGAUAUUACAUGCAGAUUUAAUGGUGGUGCAAAUGCUGGACAUACUAUAUCAGUUAAUGAUAAGAAGUAUGCAUUACAUUUAUUACCAUGUGGUGUGUUAUAUGAUAAUAAUAUAAGUGUAUUAGGUAAUGGUAUGGUAAUACAUGUAAAGUCUUUAAUAAAUGAGAUAAAAUCAGUAGGAGGAAAUAUAUUAGAUAGGUUAUACUUAUCUAACAAAUCCCAUAUCUUAUUUGAUAUACACCAAAUAAUAGAUGCUAUUCAAGAAAGUAAAAAAUUAAAAGAAGGAAAACAAUUAGGUACCACAAAAAGGGGAAUAGGUCCAUGUUAUUCUACUAAAGUAUCAAGAAUAGGUAUAAGAUUAGGAGCUCUUAAAAAUUUUGAAAAUUUUAAAAAGAUGUACAUAAAAUUAGUGGACCAUUUAAUGAAUUUAUAUAAUAUUACUGAUUAUAAUAAAGAAGAAGAAUUAACCCUAUUUUAUAAUUAUCAUCUUAUGUUAAAAGAUAGAAUAAUAGAUGUAAUUUCAUUUAUGAAUAAAAAUAUACAAUGUAAGAAAAAGGUAUUAAUUGAAGGAGCAAAUGCAGCUAUGUUAGAUAUUGAUUUUGGUACAUAUCCAUAUGUAACAAGUAGCAGCACAACAGUCGGGGGAAUAUUUUGCGGUCUUGGAAUACACCAUAAGAAAUUGAAUGUAGUUAUAGGAGUUGUAAAAAGUUAUUUAACAAGAGUUGGAUGUGGUCCCUUUUUAACAGAAUUAAAUAAUGAAACAGGAAUAUAUUUAAGGGAAAAGGGUUUUGAAUAUGGGACUACUACCAAAAGGCCAAGAAGGUGUGGGUGGUUAGAUAUUCCUAUGUUGUUAUAUGUCAAAUGUAUUAAUAGUAUUGAUAUAAUUAACUUAACAAAGCUGGAUGUUCUCUCUGGGUUGAAGGAAAUUUAUCUUUGCGUUAAUUAUAAGAAUAAAACUACAGGUGAAUUACUGGAGAAGGGCUGCUAUCCCGUUGAUGAGAAUGCGACAGAAGAGUAUGAACCGGUGUAUGAAAAAUUUGAAGGAUGGGAAGAGGACAUAACAAAUUGCAAAGAGUUUGACGAAUUACCUGACAAUGCAAGGAAAUACGUUAUGGCAAUAGAAAAAUAUGUAAAUACACCAAUCGUAUGGAUUGGUGUAGGUCCCAAUAGAAGAAACACGAUUACGAAGAAAUGA